AUGGCGGCUUCAGUGUUUUGUGCGAUUCUUUUGUUGUUCUCUACUGCGACAAAUGGUGCCAGAAUUCUGGGCAUUUUCAUGACACCCAGCUACAGCCACCAAAUAAUGUUUCAGCCGAUUUGGAAAGAACUCUCCUUAAGAGGCCACGAGGUAACCGUUUACACGCCUUCGCCGUUGAAAGAUCCAAGUUUGACUAACUUGACCGAGUAUGAUUUAAGCUUCAGCUUCGAAUACACGAAGCAAUUGGAAAAGGCGCAAUACGACUACAGCAAAUUCUUCAACAUAUACGUGAAAGCAUCCGAAGCCCAAUUGAACCACCCUUAUCUGCAAGACUUGCUUAGAAAAGCCAACAAUCAAACCUUUGAUCUACUUCUGGUAGAGUUCUUGUGGUCACCUUAUUACGCCUUCAAGGAUAUCUAUAAUGUCCCAAUGGUAGGGAUCACUAGUUUGCCAUUAACUACUUCAAGCUCGGACAUUUUGGGCAUGGAAAAACACCCAGUAGUCGAUCCAGAUAUGAUGCUACGGUUUACGCAAGCCAAAACAUUCAUGGAACGCGUCCAGACGUGGAUCCACACUUGGAUCUACAGGCUAAUGGUCAACUACAAAAUGGCCCCCAAAUUAAACAAGCAAGUGAAAAAAUACUUUGCAAAAGUCGACAAAACCACAACGGAAUUGGCCAAAGAAGUUAGUUUGGUCAUUGGAAAUUACAAUUUCGCUUUGCAAAACAUCAAACCCAUCACUCCGAAGUAUAUUCCUAUUAGUGCUUUACAUGUUACUCCGCAAAAACCGUUGCCAUCGGACCUUUCAAAAAUCAUGUCCGACCUCAAGACAGAUGCCAUCUACUUCAGCCUGGGCACCAACGUGCAAUCGUCGCAGGUCUCCAAACACCAGCUGAGUAAAAUCUUUAAUGUCUUGAGCAAAUUGCCUUACGCCGUCCUCUGGAAAUACGAAAGCGACAGCCUUCCCGUAAACCUGCCGAAAAACUUUAUCGUCCGCAAAUGGUUUCCGCAACAAGACGUCUUGGGCCAUCCCAAAGUGAAACUUUUCAUAACUCAAGGCGGGAUGCAGUCCCUGGAUGAAGCUGUAUCCAGGAAAGUGCCCAUGCUAGCUAUACCGUUCCUAGGGGAUCAGAAGGCCAAUUCUGACAGGAUUGUUGGGCUGGGAAUUGCCGAGACGAUUGAUUUCCAUUCGUUUACUGAAGAGGAGCUUAACGCAAAGGUUCAGAAACUUUUAAUAGAUCCAUUCUACCAACAAAAUAUUAAUAAACAAUCGAAAAUCGUCUCUGAUCAACCAAUGAAUUCCUUGGACCAGGCGAUCUUCUGGAUUGAAUACGUGCUACGUCAUGACGGUGCACACCAUUUGAGAUAUUCAGCUGUCGAUUUACCCUUUUAUCAGUACUAUCUUUUAGACGUAUACGCUUUUGUACUAUUUCUGAUGCUGCUCUCAAUUGCGAUUUUCAGAAAAAUUAUUUUCGGUAAAGUCGUGAGGUAUUUUUUUCCUAAAAAUUCGAGAACAAAAAUUGAAUAA